AUGACACCGUUGAAAUCUACUCCAUACUCCAACAGUAAGGAGGAGCAUUUUGUUAAGAUCUCCCCAAAAAAUGAGAUGGUGACCGACUCCCCAGGAAGUCCACGUAACAGAAAAGUGACUGCCAGAUGGGAGCCAGACGAACCAUGCAGACCUGAAGUUAAUGACGCUCCAGUAUUUUAUCCUACUGUUGAGGAUUUUGAGGACACACUUGGCUACAUAUCAAAGAUACAUGCUAAAGCAGAGCCAUUUGGGAUAUGCAGAAUUGUUCCUCCAGCUUGCUGGAGGCCGCCCUGCCAUCUUAAGGAAAAAAGAAAUAUGGGAAAAUGCCAAAUUCUCUACAAGGAUUCAACAAGUCGACUUGCUUCAAAAUAG